GUAAUCGAGAUUUUGCCAAAGAUGACCCACUGGAGUUUAAGUCUCACCAGUGGUUUGGCGCCUCUGUGAGGUCAAAGCAGGACAAAAUCUUGGCCUGCGCUCCGUUGUACCACUGGAGGACGGAGAUGAAGGAGGAGAGAGAGCCGGUCGGCACUUGCUUUCUUCAGGACGGAACAAGAACUGUUGAGUAUGCUCCAUGCAGGUCAAAAAAUAUAGAUGCGGAUGGACAGGGAUUUUGUCAAGGCGGAUUCAGCAUUGAUUUUACUAAAGCUGACAGAGUACUUCUUGGUGGUCCUGGCAGCUUUUAUUGGCAAGGUCAGCUCAUUUCCGACCAAGUGGCAGAGAUCAUAUCUAAGUACGACCCCAACGUCUACAGCAUCAAAUACAACAACCAGUUAGCGACACGGACUGCACAGGCAAUUUUUGAUGACAGUUAUUUGG